AUGCCUUCGCCUCGCCAGUCGCCUGGAAACACAUCGACCAUGUCGACCUUCCAGCCCGAGUUCGAGUCAACACAGCAAUUCGAUACGGCCACCCAGUCGCUGCAACUGCCCAACCUUCGAUCCAGUGCACAGCGCUUCAACUACUACAAUCCACCCCAGCCCGAAAUGCACAUCGACUCGUCCUUUGUGCGCGACAGCUUCCCAGACUUUACCGAAAAGUCCCCUUCACCCUCGCCCGAGGCCUCCAUGUCCAUCGAAGCAGGACGCGGCAAGAAAGGCAGCCCCAAGAGCUUCGACAUGUCUGAUAUUCCACUGCCAACUGACAGCCUCUACGACCUGCACAGCACUCCGCCGAGAAGCACGCGUCCCACACCCAGGAAGACCGACAGCCUGAGGAAAGAAGCGUCAUUGCGACGCGCUCAUUCGAGUGAUAAGAGAGCCAAUGCUUCGCAGCGCCGCUCCCUGUCCGACAUGCAUCACAAGGUCCGCCACGAGAGUGACUCUUCAUUUGUUGGCGAGGAACGUCCAAUUACUCAAACUGUGCAACCACGAAACACACGCUUCACUUCAGCUACCCUGCCCACCUCUUACUCUCACGACCAAGGCCUGCAAUCGGCAUCUACACCUCAGCGUCCGCUUCAGAACCCUACCGCUACCUGGACUGGUACUCAGACUCAAGCUUCGUUCAUGCUUCCUGAUCUUCCAAACAUCACUGAACUUGUGUCAGGCGUACGCAAGGAUGGCACCCCAGUAUUCUCGCGCUCACAAAAGUCACGCUCGCGCUUUACUUCUGCAUUAUACAACAACCCCACCAUCACAAACACCAUCGCCCAUGCAAACAUCAACUCGAUCGCCGUGCCCGACGAAGAGAAAGCAAUCUUUGCUUCGCUACAGCUUCUCAAAGACAAGGUCGCAAACCUCGAAGCAGAGAAAAGUGAAGCUCAAAAGAGACUGGAAGAAUAUGAAACAGAGGUUGGUCAACUCAAGUCGCGUCUCGAUGUUGAGCAGAAGUUGCGACGACCCGACAGUGCAUUGGGCGAGGACGAUGAUAGCAGCGCCAAAGAGAAAUGGCGCGUCCAGAGAGCUACCUUGCAAUCUACCAUCAAGACUUUGCAAGACCGUCUUGAUCGCGGCGAGCGCAAACUUUCUGUCAACGACAUCGCUGUCAAGCGUUUGACUCAAGAACGUGAUGACCUGGUCACCCAGCUUGGCGUUGCUUACUACAACGCCGAGGAGUUCAAGAACGAGAACAUGCAAUUACGCGACUCGAACGAACACUUAGAAGCCGAUGUCGAAGCUCUACAAGCAGAGAACAGUCGUCUGCGCAUCAGACUCGCCCAAAUCAAGGCUCAAUUCAAUGAAGAAACACAGCAGUGGAACUCACGCGAGUCUGAUGUGAGACAGCCUGUUCAGGAUCGCAAGUCCAAGUCGUCCAAGUCACGCUCUACUCAGGAAAACGAACAGCCUGCAAGCAAGCCCAAAUCCAGCGGAAGACUUGGCCAGGACACGAAGCACAAUAUCUUGGAUAGCAUCGAGAAUGAGAUCAAGAGAUCACGCUCUGCUGCUGCACCUGCCAAUCUUCGCUCUCGCUCUCGUUCCAAAUCCAAUACUCGUCAGAACACCUCGAAGCCUCAACGCGUCGUCGACAUUAGCGACGUUGAAUCGACGACCAACCUGGACUUCUCUAGACCUGUCAGAGAUGGACUCGUGGAAAACGACGAAGACUCCAGAGAUAUCACCUACCUGAGCUUCCUUGAUCCUAGAGAAUUGGCAAAGCUGCGAAAAACCCUUGAGGAAGAACGCCGUGCUUCGAAGACGGCGCGUGCUGUAUCUGCACACCAAACACAGGAGAAUGCGACUUCCACAAAUAUGACUGCUGUACCUCGCAAAUCUUCUCUCAGAGAUGUAACCAAUCACGACACAGGACGUUUCACGAUCAGAUCUCAGGUCGAUGAGAACACUGGCCUUCUCAAGAACGUGCGUAUCCAAUCGCCUCACGCUUCCGAUGCCAUCUCAUACUCUGAGCCAAGAGAGUCGGUUGAGGCAUCGUUUGUGAGUACUUCAUCACGCCGAAGGAACCGCAGUAAGAGUAUCGAGGAAAUGACCUCUGCCUUUAUUCUGCCCGAUAUCACUCUCCAUGCUGGUCCGGGAGCCGAAGCUACCAUGGCAAGCGCAGUCGGUGAUGUCUCUCAUGACAACUUGAACUGCACCGCCUGUCCGUCUCAGGAUUUGCAAGACAAGGAAGUCACAAUUCCUCAGCCUAUCCCUGUCUCUGAGCGCAAUAUAGAUGACACGAACGCAACUAUUCGACCUUCUCGACCUCCACCUGUUGCGCUGGCAACCGUCCUGAAGCAACUCGAAGACGAGGUCAAACACCUCAAACUCCAACUUCAGAGUUACGAGAAGAUGUACAACAGACACGAUCCUGCUCUAGGUCGCCGCAAGCGCCUUGCUGUGAAACAGAAGAUGGACGCUCUGAUGGCUGAGAUUGAACGCCGUAGCGAUCAGAUCUAUGCUCUCUACGACGUUCUCGAGGGCCAGAUGUCACCCGCCGCAGACACAGAUGGCGAACAGAGACUUCAAGAGAUGGAUGACGAGCAAGUGGAAGAAACGUUGCAGAGUCUGGGUAUUGAUGUUGAUGAGUUGGCACAGAGAGCUCGGGGGGUCAAGGAAGUACAACGUCAUCCGUUGGGUCUUGAUGGAAUUGAUGAGGAGAGUGAUGUUGAAUUGCCAUGGGGCGGCUUCAGUGAUGAGAGUGAGGUGGAAGAGGUGCAGUUGCCCAGAAGACGCACAAUGAACAGGGCUGUCAGUGCUUAG